GCAUUCAUUCAGCAUUACGCGAGUUCGAUUGCACUGAUAUGUGAAACUCUAAGCUACGGAGCAUUCGUUGCAGAUUGUCGGUCACAGUUAAAACAUAUGUUUAUUGAAAGAUCGCAGGAAUAACUCUGUUGGAUUUUCCAUUGCUUUCGAGAUGAUCACGAUGCUAUUGUAAGGAUAUUUUGUGCUCCUUACUCUUGAAUGUAUCAAUGAAAGAUUUGCAUCUACGCUGUUGGAAAUCUCCGCGAGGAUUUUGAAGGCUGUACGGUGUUUGUUGCUGUCCGAUGAGCGAUCAGCGAUGCGAUGUAUUAUACGAGCAAAGAGAUUGCGUAUCUCUCAGAAAGUGUGUUUGGCUGUAAUUCCCGCCGCUUGGUUGGUGUUUUUCAUCGCUCUCCUAUUGUACAAUGACCACGAGGUUGCAGACGACGUCAUUGCGACAGAGUUAACCGAAGUUGGCCGGAAAUCGACGUCUUCUUAUGGAAACAAGGAAAUACUUUUGGACGAUGUUAUGCUUACGUCAACACAGUUUGGUAACAAGACUUUCCAAGUACAGAGGAAAAUAUUAGUAGUUCAUAAAUCUUUGACUAAGGAACGAUCGAAACUCUCUCACUUUGUCACAAGAUUUUUAGACGGUCUUCGGGCCCCUUACGUCGUCAGCGAAGUAGACGACAGACCAUUUUUAAAUUUAAAAGAAGAUCUUAAAAUGGGUACAACAAUCGGGCGAUAUUCGUUGGUUAUUUUUGUUGACAUCAAGGCAUAUUUACAACUCAAACCCAACGUUCAACAAGUUGUGAAAUUAUACUGCAAGAAGUUUGCGACGGGAAUUUUAUUUUUUAUCUCGAAUCACGUAGGAUCUAUACAAGAAUUUGGCAUUGAAAUUAUCAAACCUCAAAAAGAACGACAAAAGAUCGACGUUGAACUUAAUGGAAACUCGAAACUUUUAAGAACGACACGUAGAGGCGGCUCGGUUACUAUGCCGUAUGUUCAGAAGGGACAAGGCACAAGAUGGUGUUUAAUUCGUUAUAACCCAGAAAAAUUUCCCUAUGAAACAGUGGAGUAUGUUGUUAAUCGUAAAAAUCGGCGGAAGCGAGACCUAGAAGUUGCUGAAAUUGAACAAGCAACAGUACUGUUGGACGAUGGUCAAAAGGACGGUGUGAAAAAGGUAUUCUUCGGUGGAGGGUUUCCGUUUUUCCUUCACACUUUGUUAUUUAUGGACAGUUUAGAAUACUUAUCUCCCGUCAGACCGACAGUGUUUUCAGCAGAAAGAUAUCUUCAAAUUGACAUAGAUGAUAUUUUCAUCGCCAAAACUGGGAUAAGAAUGAAGAAAGAAGACGUCCUGGAAUUGAUAUCAGUACAAGAGAGGCUCGCGCAAAAGAUUCCUGGAUUCAAAUUCAAUCUUGGUUUCUCUGGGCGUGGCUUUAGACAGGGUGACGACGAAGAAGAUGCGGGGGACCAAGCUCUGAUAGAGCAUGCGCAUAAGUUCACGUGGUUUGGGCAUUUGUACGAUCAUGAGCAGCCCCAUAAACACACCUACAAAGAAAUAGUCAGGUCACUUACCGCGAAUGAACAGUUUGCCAAGUCGUUCGGUAUUCCUAUGAAACAGUCGUACAUGGUUGCCCCACACCACUCCGGUGUGUAUCCAGUGCACGACCCUCUUUAUGAUGCCUGGUCAGCUGUUCGAAACGUCCGUGUCACCUCAACUGAAGAAUAUCCUCACUUGAAGCCUGCGUGGUUUAGAAGAGGAUUUAUUUACAAAGGCGUUAAGGUUCUACCUCGACAAACUUGUGGUCUGUUUACCACAACUAACUUCUUCUACGAGAUCAAAGGAGGAAAGACAGCAUUGGAUAGAAGUAUCGAAGGUGGAGAAUUGUUCGAAACUCUUCUGAGAAAUCCGGUUAUGAUUGUGAUGACUCAUAUGACAAACUACGGUAAUGAUCAGUUAGCUCUGUACACAAUUAGCCGCCUCGUGGACUUUGUUUACCGCUGGACUAACUUGGAGUUGAAAUACGCUUCGCCGCUUGAACUCGCUGAUAUCUAUUUCAAGUUGUUUCCUCAGGACAAAAGUCCAGUAUGGUUGAGCCCAUGUGACGACAGCCGCCAUCUUCAAAUCUGGCCAAAGGACAAGUCUUGCAACAGGCUCCCCUCGUUCCUAGUGAUCGGGCCUCCGUUUGGAGGCCUGGACGUGCUUGUGACACUUCUCAAACUUCACCCAGACUUCUUGCACACUGUGAACACAAAUAAUAUCACCAAAGGAACAAGAUUUUUCAACACUGAUAAUUACAUGAGGGGAUUAGACUGGUACAUGAAUUGUUUCCAACAACCGAGGAAAUUCGAGCAGAUGUCCUAUGAAGUUAGUGAUGAGUAUUUCACCGACAAUAAGACACCGUACCGUGCCAGCAAUCUCCUCAAGUCCGCUAAAAUACUUAUCAUUCUGGAAGACCCCGUGAAGAGAGCUUUCUACCAUUAUCAGCAUCUAAAAAACGUUCAAGGAUCCAAUCUACCAAGCUUCGAUGAUCUCGUCAAAUCCAAGGGAGAUGAACGUUUGUCGGGGAUCCAGCGGGCUAUUUUAGAAGCUGGGCACUACUCUGAACACAUUGGUCGAUGGAUGAGACAUUACAGUGUCAAACAGAUGUCAAUAGUGAGCGCCGAUGAUAUAGUUUCCAAGCCCUUCACGAUCAUGAAUACACUUCAAGAAGCUGUUCAUGUAGAAACCCGCCAGGAGUAUUCGCAAAUACUAAGGUACGAUGAAUCGAGUGGUCUCUACUGUCCCAAAUCCUCCGCCAACGUGACAGAUUGCCUGGGUUUCAAAGAAACAAGACCAGUUUAUAUGAGUCAGCAGACUGAACAGUUCCUGCAGCGGUAUUACUCCAGACAUAACCAGAAUCUACUGCGCAUGAACCAGAAGAUUGAGUUUCCUCUUCCUAAAUGGAUUCAUGGGUAAUCAAAUCCUUGUAGAAAAAAAAAGCAGAUUGCGAGAUAGUGGGUUACCUGUGUUAGUGUGAUUCAUUCUAUAAGCUAACGAGAGAAUGGCACUCGCUAUUCAGAUUAUACACUCUGAGCCUGAAUUGCUCUUUGUCACGCUUGUAACGAACAAUGAUAGUUUUGUGCGCGAUCGGUAACGCAACGUUUAUCGUCUCCAAGACUUACUGAACCAGAUGAAAUUUUUUUAUGUCACGCGUUUCUUUACCUGUAAAACAGGCGUAUCAAGCUAAGCUUCAACUCAGACGCGACGUACGAGACUAUGAACAGUAUUUUUAUAUUUAUCCUGUCGGUCUCUGUUGUCAUAAUGAAACAAAAUUUACCUCCGAUCUUAAGGUCGUCAAAGAAAUAGUAGGCCUGUUCAACGAAAGGUGUCUUAUUCUAAAACUAUUUUUACAUACUAAAAUGUCAAACUGUCACUCAAUCAAUCAAUCAAUCAACUAAGCAUAUUUUUGACUCAGUCAAGCUACUUAUUUUUGACCAUUCGAAAAUUGUCAAGUUGGAAUAAAAGAAAAUCUAUUAAUAUAUUAUAUAUAUUAAAAGAUAUAUAGAGCCUGGCGGUUAUUUUAAGAUUUAUACAAUUCAAGAGGAAUAUAUUGAUUUUAUAUAAAGAAUUUAUCAG